AUGUCUUCCGAAACACCAGCAAACAGUGCGCCAGAGACCGCGCAGACGGCCCCAGCGACAGAAGAAGCGGUCUCGUACAAGGUGUUCAGACCAGCACAGUCAGGACCAGCGUCGCCCCCACCCGAACUACCCGACUCGUACUUUCAACCUACGGCCGCCGACCUGCAGCUCGCCCAAGCCCAGCUAAGCGCACGCACCCAAGCACUGACGGAGGCCCCCUUCAAGACGAAGGCAGCGAGAGAAGCGGAGGAGAAGGCUAAGCGGGAACGAUGGCCCACAACGAGGAUUCGAGUGAAGUUCCCCGACGGCACGCAGCUGGAGAAGCACUUCCCGUCCACGGACAGAAUCAAGCCUGUGUAUGUCUUCGUCCGGUCAUGUCUACGCGACGACGUGAAGCCGAUCAAGUUCAUCCUUUACCAACCCCCGAGACGUGAUCUGAAGAACUCAGACCCGAAAGUCCGCGAUCUCUCCCUGGCUGAGCUACAGCUCGCCCCUUCGUCCGUUCUCCUGCUCAGAUUUGAAGAUCCCGCGCUAAACCAUCCCACCGUCCCUGCGCCUCUCCUUCCUUCUGUUCUCUCGCUGUCCGAAGACCUUCCGGCGCCACCAAACUUCGACGCAGAGCCUUCCUCGCGCAGCACUUCGGGAUCUUCCACGCCCGCCCCGAGGCUGUCCUCGAGUACACUCAUGCAGGGUGCGGAGAAGAAGGUGCCCAAGUGGUUCAAGAUGGGUUCGAAGAAGUAGAGAAUGAUUUAUUUGACGCUGGAGAGUCAGGAACGCGUCCUAGGACUGGCGGUGUUGUGAUUUCUUUCCAUUUAUCAUUUACAGGGGAGACAAUGCAACAUGUACGAGCAUAUACAACGACAAUGACCACUGAAAUUGUGAAGAGGAGGCACC